AUGGCAACUAAUGCAACAAUGGACUGGCUUGAUACAGGCGAUCAGGCAUGGCAACUGACCGCUGCCACUCUUGUUGGCUUACAAUCAGUGCCUGGACUGAUGAUCAUGUAUGGGGGUUUGGUUCCCACCAAAUGGGCAAUCAACUCCGCAUUCAUGUGCUUCUAUGCCUUUGCAGCUGUUUUGGUAUGCUGGGUCUUAUUUGCCUACGACAUGGCAUUUGGCAACCAGUGGUUACCAAUCGUCGGUGUACCUUCAGCAUAUCUCAGUUCCGAUGGUCUCCUCUCGCAAGCAAUCCUGCCUGCUGCAAAUAUUGCAGCCAAUUUCCCCAUGGCCACUAUGAUCUACUUCCAAUUUGUGUUUGCUGCAAUCACCCUGAUAUUGAUUGCUGGAGCCCUGUUGGGAAGAAUGAGCUUUAGAGCGUGGAUGCUGUUUGUGCCCCUGUGGUUGACGUUGUCAUAUACCGUUGGUGCAUUCUCGAUUUGGGGUGGUGGAUUCUUGUUCCAAAUGGGAGUCAUUGAUUAUUCAGGAGGAUACGUCAUUCAUCUCAGUGCAGGCACAGCUGGCUUUGUAGCCGCUGCAUGGUUGGGUCCACGCCAUCCACAAGACAGAGCAGAUUUCAAACCUCACAACAUCCUCAUGGUCUUGACUGGAGCUGGUAUUUUAUGGCUGGGCUGGAAUGGCUUCAACGGAGGAGAUCCUUACGCCGCUAGUAAAGACGCCGGUGUCGCAGUGCUAAACACCAACUUGUGCACUGCCGUAUCUCUCUUGACUUGGAUGUGCAUCGAUACAUUUGCAUAUGGCAAACCAUCCGUCAUUGGAGCCGUUCAAGGAAUGAUUACUGGAUUGGUCGCUAUUACACCAGCUGCAGGUGUCAUUGCUGGUUGGGGAGCAAUUGUAAUGGGUGUAGCUAGUGGUAGCAUCCCUUGGUUUACCAUGAACGUUCUUGGCAAACGGGUAGCACUCUUACAAAUGGUUGAUGAUACGCUGGGAGUUCUUCAUACACAUGCUGUUGCAGGUGUUGUUGGAGGUUUCUUCACCGGUAUACUGACCACUGGUGCAGGCUGCGCCGCCUUUGCUUGCGUCUCACCUGGUGGAGGUGCAUUUGGUAAUUGGCACCAACUCUUGCUUCAAUUGGCUGGAGCUGGUUUCAUUAUCGGUUGGAACAUCGUUAUGACCUCUCUCAUAAUGGUUGUUCUCAGGUUCACUCUCGGUGUGAGAAUGAGUGAAGAAGAACUCCUGCUUGGUGAUGAAGCCAUCCACGGUGAAGAAGCAUACACACUCAACUUUACACAUGUGAAAGACGAAUCUCACUCCUUGAAUAAAGGAGCCGCCAUGGCUGAGGUUUAA